GAUUCUACUCUUAAGAAGCGGGUAUAUGAAAGUCCGAAAAUGUCAAGUCUUAGCUCGCGAAGUUCUCGCCGAAGGAAUGCAACAAACGAUGGUCAGUUGUCAGGUGAUCUGUUAAGUGCUGGAACUGCGUUUGAACGAACAGGGGAAUCAAGUCGUACACGUGGGAGAACACGACGUAAUCGGUCAGGACAUACCGAGCCCACAAGCAAUGCAGAACCAACAUCCGGUCUUCGCACAUCCGAAGUGGAGCCGGGUAGUCCUUUGUCAUACAGCGAUAUGUCUAGUGUGGCGACUGGAGUCGAAGAUGUUUUGAGCUCAGUUCGACCUGGUGUCAAUGAUGAGGUGGCUGUCCGUGCUGUUUUGUCUCAAUCUGGACCUCUUGUUCCCGCAACAAGUGUCCCUGGUACUACUGAUGGGUCGACUGCUAGUGGACCUCAGACUGUAAUAUGGGGAACCGAUGUAAACAUUGCUCAAGUGAUGUCAAGAUUUAAACACUUCCUAUUGACCUACAUUCCUCCAGACUUAACUGGCCAACCGAAUUUAACAACAGGCCAACCCAUAGAUCCACAAAGACCUCUUUAUCUCCAGCGAAUGGAAGAUCUUGCAAUAUCAGGCUCGACUGCCUUAGACAUUGACUGUGAACAUCUUCGUUCUGCCAGGCCAGAUUUGUAUACACAGUUGGUAACAUUUCCGAAGGAGGUUAUUCCAGCAUGUGAUGCUGCUACACAUGCCUUAUUUUUAGAUCGCUUUCGGGAAGUCCAAUUGGAAAGAUCAAUACAGGUAUUUCGUAUAUAUGUAUCAAGAUAUCUGUGUAUAUGUAAAUAUUGCUUUCAACUAUUAGGAAUGUUAAUAUGGCUUAAUCCUCACUUAUGGAAAUCCAAUAGUGAUAUUGGACUCAGUUCGGAAGAAAAAUGUAUUGAAUGUGCUAUUAUUUUAUUAUACCACAUAGUAGUUCUUGUUGUUACUAGGUUAGUAAAUGAAAGUUAAAACUACAUUAAACAGUUCAGAUAAAUAAACAAAAUCUCCCAUAACUAGAAAGGGACUGCUAGAAUCACGAGUGUGCCUCAAAUAUCUUGCAUGCUGUUUCAUUUGUCAGUUUUUUUGCAUAUUUUUAGAUUUUACUUCAAGCAGUUUCAUAUUUCGAAAUGACACUAAUUAACUUAUCAUCAUUACAGCUAAGCACACAUAACCGGACCUUGGCAUUGCUUAGAUUGUCAUCAUAUGUAAUCAAUUCUUUAGAACCAGGGAUGGUUGAACAUAGAGAGUUGCCGAACAUCUCCAAUCUAUGCAGGUUAGGUUUCAUAAUCGUAAGGAGGUUUAGAACUGGAAAACCAUUGCAAAGUGAGUUGUUUGAAACAUUAUGGAUGGAAAAUUAAAUACUUGGCGGAAGGGUGCUUAAGAUCUUUAGGGUAGUAAAACGUUUGAGCGGGUUUUUUAAUAUUUUUUAUGCCUGACAGCAGCUCUCUGAAGAAGGAUUUGUCUCUAGAAUUAAUUCACAAAACCAUUGAUUUUUUUGCUGUGAAUCGAGACUACAUUUUGACGUAUAUUUUUUAAUCACCAUAAAGUCUGCAAAUUUGAUAUUUUUUGUCUUAUUCCACUCCUAUAUUUCCGCUUACGAAUGCUGACAGUAAUUUAUCUUAUAUUAAGACAACGUAAGCCUUAACAACCAUAAGAUUAAAAGUUCGUAAUCCUCUUGAAGCGUAAUUUUAAUGUGAGACAAUCUAGCCAUUAUAUCAAUCUCUAUUUUAAGUUAAUUCUGUCUAAUAACCGAUCGAGUUUACUCCAAGCAAGUUCAGUGAUGUAAGAAAUUCAAGUCUUAUUAAAUACAUGUAAUAGUUUCUAUCGAGAUAAGUUAAUAGUCCGUUAUUUUAAAUCCUAAACGAAAUACCAAAACCAAAUAGUUCAAGUUUUUUCCCACAAGUCUGGUUCAUCAGCACUCUACAGUGAUGUAUGAAGUGAACUCGGUUCAAUAUCAGGCCGGAGAAUAACCAUAUUUAUCACUAGUAACCGUAGUUAUUCCUAAAGAUGCCCAUCGUUGAUUUGCUAAUCUUUAUUAAGUUCCAGGGAAGGCUUCUUAUACGUAGAUCGGCUACAAUUAGGUGUUGAAGGAAAUUUAACCUAAUUUUAUCCAAAAUAUUAAUACGAUAUUCUCUUGAUUUUAAGGUCGUAUUCACCUUCAUUUGUUGUACAAAAUAGAAAUAUUGUAACGUCAUUUAAAAAACUAACCUUUGAUUCUGGUUGUUUCAUCGUUACCAUUUUUUCUUCAGAUUCGUCCAUUUAAUUGUGCAAGAUCUCGAGAUCUACGCAGCCUUGAUCCAGAUGAUCUUGAUCAACUUGUAACUGUCUCGGGUCUUGUAAUACGUUUAUCCCCCCUCAUCCCUGAAAUGAUGCGUGCAGAGUUCAAAUGUGCCAUCUGUGGUGCAAUGACAUCUGUUCCAUGUGAACGUGGUCGUAUUGCAGAACCAGAAGCGUGCAUUCGUUGUCAUUCGGCGCAUACAGCUCAACUACAACAUAAUCGAUGUUUAUUUGUGGAUAAACAAAUGAUUAAAUUACAGGAAUCUCCAGAAAAUAUGCCUGCUAGCCAGACUCCUCAUACAGUACUUAUGUAUGCUCAUGAAGAACUUGUUGAUAAAAUUCAACCCGGUGAUCGUGUUAUCGUUACGGGUAUUUAUCGUGCAAUACCUCUACGAAUGUCUAACCGACAACGUACUCUUAAAGCAGUUUACAAAACAUACAUAGAUGUUCUUCAUUUUCUUCGAGAAGGCGAUGAUCGAGUUCAGAAUGAUGGGAUCGCUACUGACGAGAAUACUGCUAGUGAGGAAGCUCAUAUUUUACGUCAAUUCACAGAAGAACGUAUUGAAGAAUUUCAUACUCUGGCACGUAAACCUGAUUUAUAUGAACGACUUGCUGCUGGUAUCGCACCAACAAUUUAUGAAAAUGAAGACAUUAAAAAGGGUAUUCUUUUACAAUUAUUUGGUGGUACACGUAAAGACUUCACUGCUAAAGGACGUGGUGAUUUUCGUUCUGAAAUCAACAUACUUUUAUGUGGUGACCCAGGUACUUCAAAAUCUCAACUUCUGCAGUAUGUAUACCGUCUUACUCCUCGUGGUCAAUAUACUUCUGGCAAGGGAAGCUCUGCUGUCGGUUUAACAGCCUACAUUACAAAAGAUGCAGAAACGCGCCAAUUAACACUGCAAACUGGAGCAUUAGUAUUAGCUGAUAAUGGGAUAUGUUGUAUCGACGAAUUCGACAAAAUGUCUGAUUCAACUCGUUCUGUACUACACGAAGUAAUGGAACAACAAACUUUAAGUAUUGCUAAAGCUGGUAUUCUUUGUCAACUUCAUGCUAGAACUUCAAUUUUGGCAGCUGCUAAUCCAAUCGGUUCUAAAUGGGAUCCUAGCAAAACGAUUAUUGACAAUAUACAGUUACCUCAUACUCUUCUAUCAAGAUUCGAUCUCAUUUUUCUUAUAUUGGAUCCACAAGAUGAAGUUUAUGAUACAAGAUUAGCCAGACAUUUGGUUGGUUUGUAUUAUCGUGGUACUACUCCAAGUCAGAUUGAAAGCAGUCAGGAUAUUCCAACCAACAGUAAUAAUAAUACUCGAGGUGCACGUAGACCGCGUCCAGGAGCUGUUCUACUGGACAUGGAUAGUCAAACUGAUGAUGACCCAUCAUUUGUAAACGGAAAACUCUUGAAGGAUUAUAUAGCAUAUGCUAAGAUGAAAUAUUUUCCAAAACUAACGGAAGAAGCCGGUGAAUAUUUAGUUCGUGAGUAUGUAGAAAUGCGAAAACUGGGUUCAGGUCGUGGACAGAUAUCCGCAUAUCCUCGUCAACUUGAAUCACUUGUACGUUUAGCUGAAGCUCAUGCUCGUUUACGAUUAUCAAAUCAUGUUACGGCUGAUGAUUGUCGUGAAGCUCGACGUUUACAACGUGAAGCAUUAAAACAAGCAGCUAUUGAUCCUCUUACUGGCACUAUCGAUAUCAAUAUUUUAACAACAGGUAUCAGUAGUAGUGUACGUAAACGACGUGAAGAAAUGGCAAUGGCAAUAUGGUCACUUCUUGAAGAACGUCCUCGUGUAUUAACUUUUGUUUAUUCACGUGUACUAGAAGAUUUACGUGCACGUUCUGAACGUAUGAUUACACGUGAAAAUUUCGAAGAUGGAUUAAAUUUCUUAAAAAAUACAAAUAAAAUUGAUUGGGCUGGAAAUACUAUACGUAAACGUUAGAAAAAACAACAACUUUUAAGUAUCUUUUUUUGUAUGCAACUUUUUCUAUUUAAAAAAAACAAACAAACAAUGAAAACCUUUACACAAAAAAGGUGCAGAUUUUCGUUUUUUUUUGGUAUUUUUUUGUUCGUUUAAAUAAAGUGUUUAUUACCUUAGAU